UUCAGAUAUGAUGAAUAUAGUGUUAAUUGAGUGUGAGACCCCUUUAGUUUUCAGUCAGACAGCAAACCGAUCGCACUGUUAAGAGCUCAGGCUCACGGCAUCAACUGACUACCGUUAAACCAUGGAAACUCUGGCUUGGCUAGUGGAAGCAGAAUUUCCUGGAUUUGUGGACACUGCAAACAUUUCCCACUGCAUGCAGGAGAAGGACGAAUCAAGAAUCUCUUUAUCCGAUGGAGAACGGGACGUCUGGAAGAGGUUUAUGAGUACGCCCUGAACGUUGAGGAUUUUAUGCUGACCAAGAAGGAAAGAGCCAAGGCCAGAGCGGACCGAGAACUGCAGUUGGCCAUUAUGCCAUAAAAUAGACAAACCUUUGGGCUACGCAACAAGAAAACAACCACAAAAACCAAACCUGGCAGAUAAGUAGAAAGAUGAAAAAUGGGACGGGGGCCGAACAAGGAGAUACUGAAAACACUGGCUGUGUGAUAUGCAAUACUGAUGAUCACGAGACAAUAGACUGUACAAGAUGCAUUGUGUGCAAGAAGGACGAUCACUGGAGCAGGGACUGUCCAGAAAACUCACAAAGAGAAGCUAACUGAGGAGAAGAGAGUGGAGAGCAGGAUGAGAGGGUUCAGGGUGAGCAACCAACAGCUACAAAUCAGGGAAGUGAACAUCUUCUAACCACACACAUAUAUACAUACACUGACUUACAUACUGCUCUCUGCAAUGAAGAAAAUGCUUGCGUACGAAAGUAGAAACUUUCUAUCUACGCCCAAAUAUUUUAUGUUAAUAGAAGGGGUUCCAAUUAAAAUUUUUCACUGAUUCUGGGGCAAAAACAAUACCCAUUGAAAAUGGAAACAGUUAUGGUGAUAAAACCAGUGUUUGAGUCUCUGUUGAGGGAGGAAAUUAUUGUACCGUGCAACGAUUCACCAGUUUGAACACCCAUCUACCCCGUGAUAAAGCUUAGAGACAAAGGCCAGCCAACAGAGUGGCGUUUUGUACAGGAUUUGCGAGCAGUAAAUGCAGCUGUCAGACCAAGACUGGUUUCAGUACCAAAUGCAUACACAAUCUUGUCACAGAUGCCUCAGGAUGCAAAAUAGUAAUCAGUAAUUGACUUGGAAUUGAACAUGGCUCUUCUGAAACACUUGGGUCAGUAGGGUCACAAGGAUCACAAGGUCAGCAUGUCCAAAAGCAGUUUGUAAAACAAGUUACUUUUUUGAGAAAAAUGGGUUUAUAACAUCUGUGUUGUUGCAGGCUCAAGGUGACAGGUUAAGACCUGUGGGCUAUUUCUCCAGUGAACUUGAUCCAGUUGAAGCAGAUCUGCCUCAGUGCUUGAGGGCAGUGGCAGCCGCUGAAAAGGCUGUCAUGGCCUCAAGAGAGUUUGUGGGUUAUUGCUUUCGGACCUUAAUGGUACCCCCACGCAGUCACCAUGAUUGUGCAAGAACAAAAAACAUAGCAUUUAUCAAUGGCUAGGUGGUUACGAUAUUAUAUUAUCUUGCUUGAUAUGCCAAAUGUUAUGGUUAAUAGUUGCACAACUUUGGACAGUGGACAUCUGAUUUCGAUGAACUGAACGGAAGAAAUGAAGCAGGGAUCCAGACCUCAAUAACUCAAUGUUCACACACUAGCAGUAACUUGUUCGGUUUAUAUAUUUACAUUAUCCUGCAUUGCCUACAGUGAUAUUCUUUAUCUGAAUGAAUUUAUAAAAUGUUUAUUUAAAAUUUGUUCACCUUUCUGUGUUAAAUUUAGCAGCAGGCCUAUUGAAUUAAAAUGUGCCUUUUUAUUAUAAAUUAUAUUUGUACAAUAUUUAUGAUAUUUUCACAAUUCAAUACAAAAGUGUAGCUUUUAGUUCAAUGCUACUUGCCAAAACUGCUGGAAUUCCCCAAUAAUCACAUACGUCACAUAAUAAUCACAAAAUAUAAUAAUUGCUGUCAACUGCUAAUUUCCAUUAAAAUACUGAGCUAUCUAGGACACCCCUCACCAUUCAUCUAAGUAAGCCAAUCAAAACUAACCAGCAGUCAGCUAUGAGCUAAUCUAACUGUUUAUCAGUAAUGGUUUCACUAGCUAUUUCCAAAAAAAGAUACAUAAUAUACAUAAAAUUAUACUAAUUAAAGUGUAAAAGCAGCCUUAAAUUAUUCAUAACUAUGCAUAUAUGGUAUUGUGUAGCGUAUAUCAGUCACACAUAUAGUUUUUGUUCCUUAAUUCCUGUUACUCAUAGUCAUUUAAACAAGUUCUUCCCUGAUUUAACAGCUUGUAAAACCAUAAAACAUAAUGUGACUCAGUCAAGUCAAAACUGUUUGGUCGAGACUUGUUCAAGUGUGAGUCAAUUUGUUUGUAACCAGCUGUUUUUGUUUUGAUUUUACAUUUUAAUGCAACUGCAAUCCACCUCAAUAUUAGCAUGCGCAAAGCAAAAAGUUCUGCUUCAGUGAAAAGUCACAUUUCACAAAAUUUAAAAGGAAGCUAGGUCUGAAUAAAAGACUAGUUUCACCUGCAGAAGAACAUGUUUUAGUGCAGUCUCUGAUAUUCAAAUGAUGUGGUUCACAACCUUGUUUUAACAGAAAAAACAGUGAGUAAGAAUUCUGUUCCGAAUUUUGCUUAGUUUCAUCUUAUGAUGGAAAUAUGACAACAGAAACUGACUCAUAACUUGAAAUAUUCUGUCUAUCUUAGCUAUAGGUUAUCUUUGAUCAACGUUAGGGUCUUUCCCCUCAUCUAAGUAAAGAUUCAUGGUUUUUAUGAAAAUUCACAGUUUUCGAGUUUUAGAAAUGCAGGGGUAUGCGAAACUACAGUGGGAAUUUAAAGAAAACAUUGCAAUGGCGGCAUGUCAAAUGUAUGUCAUAUUUGCGCUGCGGUCGAUUAAACUGUCAGAAUAUAUAAAGGUACAUUUUCCUUCAAUGGAAAAAUUGAGUAUCACCUUUAAAGGUAAACAAAAUGUUCUCAAGCUCUUGCCUCAGACACUCAGACUCAAUUUCCACUGCAUCUCUGCAAAUAUUGCAUAAGAAUUCGGGACUUUUGUGAUGUUAGUCAUCAUAAAUGGUUAAAGUAAAUUGUUCUUGUGCAUUUGAUCUUGCAAAAAAACUAGGAAAAAUAUGAUAAAGGUUUUUUGUAUGUAUGCAAAAUCCUAGUAUGACUGACUAACAUUUGACAUGAAAUACUUUAGGAGUUGUACUGCAGUAAUGAUCAGUAAUGAUGCUCUAAAAUUAAACAUUAUGCAUGCAGCUUUUAUGUUUUAUACAUAUUUACAAAUUUACACAAACAUAAUUCAAACUGUCUGUAAAACAGGUUCUAAAAUUCGCCUUUCCAGAUGUCUUUUAAUGUAAUAUCUAAAAUCGCCAUUUUUAUAGUGUGAAUCAUUGCCAGUAUUUCUUGCGUUUUACACCAUCAGCCACAGAUAACACUGAUCUGUAUCACUUCUGCUCGCAUACACACCAAAGUCAACAUGAAACAAACAACAUUCACAAGUCUUUCUGUGAAGUGGCAUGUUUCCAAUACAAUGUUUACAGUGGAGGAAAACAUCCUGCAAAGUGUUAAAUCUGAAAGUGUUAGUUGUUGUAUAAAGUUAUUGUCCCUCAAAAGAAAGCCGACUCUGAAUCAUUGAAAUGAGUCGUUUUAAAACGAAUCCCAAGCCGUUGACAUGAAAUAUUAGCAUAUUGCCACCCACCUGUUUUGGUCUUUUCAUGUUUGCCUAAAUGAAAAUGCUAAUUCUUUCUUUGCCUCUAGGCGCCGCUUCUGGAGCGAUAAAAAUAGCUGUAAUGCUGUACACAAGGCAGUAAAACACUAAUUUAUCAGCCAUCGCAGGCAUGAUGCAAUGAAAGUGAGACCAAUCAGAGUCGAUUAGUAAAUAAUAAAAAAAAAUUCAUUCUAAAACAGCGUUUCAGAAUGAAAACGAUCCUUGUUUACACUGGAAACGCUCUCCGUUUAAGCUACACAACCUAAAACGCGUGUCACACGGGCACUCAUGCACGUGCAACCAUAGAUAAGUAGCUAUAGGCCCUAUUAUUUAAAUGGAAUGGGGAAUCUACCAACACAUAUCAAUGGAUACAACAACGAGCGUGAUGCUAUUGUUUACACAGUCGUCAAGGAUACGCAGAGAAAACGUGGGCAGCCAUGACAUGGUUUUUAAGUCUUUCCCUUUUGACACGUUAUAAAACUAUUAACUGCAGCAUUUUCAAAAGUCUCAGUUUGCGAGUAGUGUAAACGAUAGACGUAACCUUAGCAAAAGUUAAGUGUUUUAAAACAAAAACGCACUAGUGUAAAUGGGGCCUAAAUAAUGUGUUUUUUGACCUUGCACGCAUGUCAGCCUGCUACUGAGGACUCUCAAAACCAAAAUAUGAACUUUUCAUUACUCAUAAUAGGGGCACUUUAAAUAGGGUUGAUUAAAGUUUUUUUUCAGGCCUGCACACAGAACCUACAGAAAAAGUUCAGCAAAUUUCCACAAAAUUGGAAAGUCAGUCAUUCAUAAAAUUCUACAUAUCUACUGCCUUUUCAAGGUUUUUAAUAAAAUAUUUCAGCUAAUUUGAUUAUGCUUUCAGCUGGCAAAAACAUUCACUGGCAUGUCUAAUCCUAUAAAGCCUACUGGAUUGUUUUCAGCACACAAGUAAAGCCUCUAAAUGAUUAACAGCAUGAUGUAAAAAAAAUCUACUAUAUGCCUUCUUUUACUAUAAUUAUGUGGAUGUCAACCUUCAGCUUGAGCUUCACAUGGAUUUUGCAGUGAAAUCUUUACUGACUGUAAAGUAAACAUAAGAAUAAGUUCAAGAUGAACGCUUACAGGACAGACGAAGCUUAGCUUUGCUUGAUUAUCUAAAAUCAUCUUUUAGAAAAAUCUGCGUGCCAAGGAACCGAUGAUUUCUAUGACAAAAAGAGAUCGUCCACAAGGGAAACCUCAGCUCCUUUUUUACGAGUUGACAGGGCAAGCUGACAGCAAAGAAAAACUAGUGGACACAAAAACACAGUCUAUGGCUCCUGGGGAGGGUUAAAUCAGAGCUGGUGAUCAAACUAGGCAUUUAAAAAACGCUAUUUAAGUAAAUGCAUAUUAUAUGCAUAUUAUUAUUAUUAUGCAUAUUAUUAAGACAACGGCUGAUGUUUAUAUCAAUACCUGGUAUACUGUUAGAAAUAUCUCACUGAUUUACAAUCAGAAUGUCAUACUUUUUGUACAUAUAACUAUCAGCUUCUGCCCCAAAUUUAAUAUUUUUGUUCCGUUUGAGACUCUUAAUAAAAUGCAGCUGUUUUUUUCCCAUACAUCAUAUUAUACUAUAUGAGCCAUAAAAGUUCACUAUGACUUCAUUUGUCAGGCUUAAAUUGAUUGAGUUUCUGUAUAUUCCACCUGGCCCAAUAACACAUGAUGUUUUUUUUUUUUUUUAGAUGGAUUUUCAUCAUCAGUCACAGAAGUGUUUUCAUUAAUUGGAAGAUGAUGACGUAAUGUCAUGAUAUCAGUUUCACCUCUAGACCCCCACCCAUACACUCGCACGCAUUUUGCUUUCCAGGUUGAGGAAAAUCAUUCAGAUCUAGAUAUGACUGGCAGAGGAAAGUUUUGAAUCAUGAAAUUUUCACCUAAAGCACAAUUGUCUUCCAUGAUCUUGGUGAAGGGAGGAAUCCCCAGCAUGAACCCGUCCUGUCCGGGGGUCACUAGGGCCUUCCCCACAAGGCUAUGACAGCCGCCAACCUCUUCCCACCACUUCCUGUUCAGCAUGGCCUACAAUUAACCGACGACGGGGCUCGAUCUCAUGCCCAAAGUGAUUUCAUUUCCUGUUCUGUCGUGCUGAGCAUUCGGGUCUUUAUACAUGCGUUUCGUGACACUGUGGAACUGAAGCCACAAGCAGUGUUUUUUAAUAUCACGAGAUACUAUUGCAGUUUCUAUUAAAAUUGUCAACGUUUUUAUUUUUGUUUUUGGUUUCCAUUUUCAGUUUAGUUCAAGUUUGACUAUUUUUGCUCCACGUUUUUGUAGUUUUAUUCAUUUAUUGAACAAGUUUUUUGAUGUCAUUUAAAACCGUUUUAGUGGUUUUGUAAUAGUUUUUUUUUCAUCUAUAUAGUUCAAUGGUAUUUCUCAGUCGUAGUUUUAGUUAAAAACCUAUCAAAAUAAAAAAUAUGUCUUGGCAUCAAACUAAAAUUAAAGUUUUAAUAUUUUGUUUCAAGGUUAUUAUAAUUUUGAAUGGUUUAUUUUCAAUAAACAGUUAAGCAGGUAACACGCAGGUGCACUCUUUCCAAGGACCCUAUAUCUGAUGUCAUUAAAUGCCCUGCAGGUUUAGGGUGCAAAUAUUUCAUUUCCAGGUCGAUCUAUUCUUAUCUCACAUGAAGAAAAGUACAUUAAACUUCCUGUUUUUGUCUAUAAUCAAUAUGGUUUGUGUGGGAAGCCACAAAGAAAAAAGCACCUUUUCAUAUCCACUUGCCUGAUGAUGCCGCACCUAAGUCACACACACACAUGUUUCUGGUGCUGAUUCAGAAUGAGAAGAGGAACUGACAGCGUUUUGUAGUUUCCUGCCAAGUGUGCAGAAAGUCUGGUUCAGGUUCACACACACACACACAUACACACACACACACAGAAACACACACAGCAUCCGUACACCCCCGCGCACGCGCCUCUCGAUUACAUCUUCGUCAACUGACUGUUGUGACGAGUGGCCAGUGGAAAAGAAAAACUAAUUAGUCAUUGUACAAAUUGAAGUGUUCCAAUCUCCACAAAGAAACUUUUUUUCCGGCGUCCUCAGGAAUUCUUAUAUAAGGUGUUAGUGCACCUGUCGACAGUAUGACGGACAUCAAUCCAAGUAGCUGUAGAGAAGUUACAGAAGAAAACCUGCAGCUUAAACAUGAAGGCGUCUGUGUGUUUUGUGUUUGCGUUGGUUUGUUGGAUCACAGCGAAGGCAGAGGAGUCGCCACAGAUCCUCAUGCUCAGCAAAGUUAUGAAUGAACUCGAAAAGAUCAACAAGGGAAUGGACAAAAGCACACUCUUGAACUCACCCACCAUAAACGAUCUGAAGGACUGCUGUGUCGCAUCUGCUCUGGAAUGUUUUCGGUCCCAAGUGCUUCACCUGUCAGUCGCUGAUGCUAAACUAAAGCGUUUACAGAAGAUCAUCUCGAACGAGCUUCGCAAAUCAGUCAUUGUGAACAGUGUGUCCAGUUGCAAACCUAAAGAGAUACAGAGAGCUCAGUGCAAAUCAUGUGACUCGUACAAGAAGACUGACAGCCGAAUAUUUGUGCAGAAUUUUCAAACUCUUCUGCAAAUGAUCUAUGCCAGUCAAGCGUAGAGAUGAAAGAGUGAAGAGACUGUGUGUAUAACACUACCUCACCAACCCACAGCAGAGAAGAGGCUCACACGCUCCGCUGCUCCUGCUGUUCUAUUUAUUGAUUAUUUAUUGACCAUUAUUGAUCUGUUAAAGGAUUGUCCAUGUUUUUUUCAUGAAAAGGGAAACAGCAGCUUUACGAAAUAAUAUAUCCAUUAUUAAUAACAUGUAUUGAUUUCGUAAUACCGCCACUUUGCGGUGAGAUGCCAGUACUGCCGCGUUCAUAACAGCCCUGUUCCUGGAAAGAAGGGUGGUUUCCCUAAUAAAGACUUUUGAGUAGAUUUUUCACUUUAUUAAGUACGCUAGGAAUUUUAUUCUUACUCUUUGUCAGGAAAACCACUCAUUCAUAUGAUAUGUUACCAAUGUGUCAUUGAAAAGCAGAUGCGUUUAUUAUAUGUCUCACAAUGAGAUGCAUAUUUUUGGAUGAUAUUUAUUUGACAUUAAAAUAUUUUUUUAUGUUUA